GUCAAAGGCGGACAAAAUGGCGGAAGGCAACAACAGGAGCACCAACCAGCUGGCUGCUGAAACAGCUGCUUUGGAGGAGCAGUUACAAGGAUGGGGUGAAGUGAUUUUAGUGACUGACAAAAUCCUGCGCUGGGAAAAAGCAUGGUUUCCACCUGCCAUCAUUGCUGUAGUUUCCUUCAUUUUUCUGAUGAUCUACUACUUGGAUCCAUCUGUUCUUUCAGGUGUUUCUUGUUUUGUUAUGUUGCUUUGUUUGGCUGACUAUCUGGUACCUGCUCUUGCUCCUCGGAUUUUUGGUUCCAGUAAAUGGACUACCGAACAACAACAACGUGAAAUCUGCAGCAACCUGAUAAAAACACGUCGUAGAAUUGUCGGUUGGUGGAAACGCCUUUUCACAUUUAAGGAGGAGAAGCCAAAAAUGUACUUCAUGACAAUGCUGUGUUCUCUGGCUGUGAUUGCUUGGAUUAGACAGCAAGUUCAUAAUCUCUUCCUCACCUACCUUAUUGUGAGCUGCUUCUUGUUGUUUCCUGGAUUAAACAAACAUGGAAUCAUUUCAAAGUAUGCCGGAAUGGCAAAAAGGGAGGUCAACAAACUCCUCAARCACAAAGAGAAGAAAAAUGAAUGAAGCUCUGUUACACUGAUUUUAUGUUCUGGGAACAAUUAAAUGAAUUCUUGUGUGUUUAAUAGGAUAGAAGUUUUCAUUUCAGUAAUCGCCUUUUAACCUUAAAUGGGGUUCCUUGUACAGUUUAAGUAGAAACCGUGUGGUC